AUGAAUGCAACAUCGGAUCCUCUUGCUAAAAAUCCCGAGACUCAGGGUAUUUUGUGGGUUCAAGUCACAAUUCCUAUCACGGUCUUCACGAUUUUUCUCGUUUGGCUUCGAGUGUGGUGGCGAAGAAGGAUGUCUGGUGCAGUUGCUCCAACUGAUAUUUCGGUCCUAGUCUCGUUGGUAAGUUCUGGAACAUCGAUUACCUGGCGGCCGUGCUAAUGAAAAUAUUGUAGCUGUGUGCAAUUAUUCAAGAAGUUCUAGGUUGCAUCGGUAAGCAUUGCUGGGGCCGUUUCUUGCACUCGAAGAGGAGAGAUUAUGAUAGCCUCCGUCAACCCCAUUCCAGAUUGCAGCUCAAUUUCAUGUCUUUUCUAGGCCAAUUUGUGAACGCCAGUGCCCUUAAGUUGCUAACACCUGUCCGCUAGCCAUUUUUAAAUGGGGAUUAGGUCACCACACAGCGUACAUCGGCCGGCACAAAGCAUCCCAGGCAAUGAUGGUUAGUAAACCAGUUGCAAUUCGUUGCUCGUUCUGCCUAAUACUAACACCACUUUAGUAUUUUUACGUUUACCAGAUAUUCUACAAGAUUCUCGUCAGCACAACCAAAGUAAGCGAGUAUCCAAACUUGAUCAAAGUCAGACUGAAGACUGACAGUGAAACCAAGAUGUCAUUUGUUUUCUUGUACCUCGAUCUAUUUCCCAUAUCAACAUUCAGAAGAGUCUGCUACGUUGUCCAAACUUCGGUGAUUGUAGCGAUGAUUUCCUUUGUGGCAGGAACAAUAUUCCAAUGUACACCAAUACCCUAUUUCUGGAAUCGAACAAUUUCUGGGGGUCAUUGUGUUAACACGGCUGCUUUUUGGUAUGGACAUGCUGCCUGGAACACUGCCGGAGAUGUUGUAAUUCUUCUCCUGCCUCUGCCCGUCAUUCGGUCUCUUCGAAUGGGAAGGGGUCAGAAGCUUGCGGUGUCGGGCAUCUUUGGACUUGGAGCUUUGUAUGUACUCUUUCACCAGCCGAUGACUUCCAGCUUACCAAUUUAAAAGCGUGAUUGUUGCUAGUAUCAUGAGAAUGAUAGCUCUGAACCCUGCCUCAAAGGUCGCUCAAGCUGAUAUGACCUGUAAGUUUCAUCUUCCCAUCCGAUGACAAAUUCUAAACUAACCCCCGAAGAUGUUAUCUCCACCAGCAGUGCAUUUCUUUGGACACAGGUGGAAUCUUGCGUUGCAAUCAUUUGUGUCUGUCUUCCAACCCUCAAGGGACUCAUCAAGAUAGUUAUGCCAACCCUCUUCACCACAGGAAUCCGAUCCGCUCAUGACGGAUACGAACUCGACCAGUUUCAUUGGGAGAGCUCAGAAACCUGGAAGGAUAAAAGAAAAAAGAGCCAUGGGGGGAAGGUGGCUAACAUCUUUGACGAGAGGGAUAGCGAAGAGAUAAUCAUGGGGAUUGCUAGGACCGUGGAUGUGGAAGUCACCAAAGAUUACAGCACGGAGACUACAACAGCGGGGAAUGAAAUAUUCCGAGGAUCGAACGGGUAUAAUGGAGCUUGA